CGUUCUGCCAUUUUGUGGCGGUCGUUGUGAAAGAGACUGAGUUUGAAAUCAAACGUCGAUGAUGAUUUUUAAUAUACCGCGUUCACCAUCAACUACAGAAGAAUAUCCUCAUAGAAAUAUACGUGGUUUGCCCAAUACACAGCGCAACCGUGCGAUUUCACCCGCAAAGAUCGAGUUAUUGGCAGCACAGCGGAGAAUGUCAAAUAGCGUCAGUCAGAUUGAUAGCCAUUCUAAUUUAGGUACGCGGCAGCGUGAAACAGCUUCAGAAAACGCGUAUGAAGAGAGACCAACUAAGAGAACGCGCACUAUUGGUGAACGUGUAGGUGAAGCAGUCUACAACACUGUUAUUGUCGCUGGUGGAAUUGGUGCUGCUGCUUAUCGCUACUGGAAAGGCGACGGGAGUCAGGAGAAGCAGCCCUAUGAUAUACCAUCAACCUCCUACUCACCUGAUCAGAGUAUACCAGGUUCCUUUAACUACCGUGAAGCUGAGAAGGAGGACGACUAUGUCGACAUUGACAAACCAGUUUUCUCCCCCACGAGUACACCGACGCGGACGCCAAAGAAAAAGAUUUACAGGGUCAAUAGCAGGUUUAGGAGCGUGCAAUCGCCAAAAAGCAAGCCGCGAAAACAGCCAAAAGACAAAGACGAAGACAAAGACAAAGCGGAUGACUCAAAUAACAGACUGGAUAGCAUGUCAGCACGUCUCUCAGCCAUGAUCGCAGAUGGUCAGAAAGCUCUCGUUGAACCCGCUCAACUCGAUGAUGAAGAUCUAGAGGAUGAGGUACUACCACCAUCGACGUCAUUCACCUUUACUCAAACACUACCGAGACAAGAAAGUAACUAUUCAAUAGGUGAAGGUCUACGGGCAGCAGCAUCUUUAUAUUCCAAAUAGAUUGGAUAGUACAAGGCAAUACAUGUGCGAAACAUCUUAUAUAAGUUAAAAAAAUAAAAAAUCGGGAGUCUGAUCCGAGAGCUAAAUAGUUUGUCGUAAACGAGGGUAUGCUCUUACUUGAACGCUUGAGCGCUUAAGCGCUUGUCUAAAUAUGAAAGAGAGAUAAGAGUGAAAAGAGUUUCUAAAGCGAGUUCUUGAAACCAAGACUGAAUUCAUCGAAUUUAUUGUUAGUGAAGCCCAAACCUAAUCCAUAGAUUGGUGCCUCUCCGAAUUGGAAAGAGUUGAGUGAGUUUGUCUUGGACAUUGGAGGUGGAGAGCUCAAAUUGCUGUCAAGCGAUGUAGACAACGAAGGUGUUGAACCUGCUCUUUGUCUCUCUCCAAUUCUAGAUAACAAUGAAGGGGUGUAUUGCUCCGCCUGACCAUUUUUUGGGGGCGAAUCGGUUGAUGUGUUUGGUGUGAGUGAGAGACUGUGCAUAGUAGGUGUUUGAGUGAAUGAUUGUCUUGGUGAGACUGUCAUAGUUGGUUCUUCUUCACUCAAAGGCAAAGGUGGUGCCCCGUUUGCGUUUGCGCCAUGAGGGAAAGUGGAGUGGAUGAAGCAACAACGCUUGCCAUAUGGACAAGACCCAGAAUGCCAGUAGGUAGCGCAAAGUUGAGUUUUGAACUGAUUAGCAAUUAGUAAAGCAGCUCGCAACAAAAAAGAGAAGACGCACUUUUGGAUGUCUAGGAACAUCCCUAAGCUCAUCUUGGCCGUGUGCAAAUUGGCAUUUACAUCCAUACCUACAGGUGCCCUUCUCCUCCCAGGAUCUGCAAAGUUCCGUCUUAUAGAGUCCUAGCUUUCUGUUGUUAAUUGAUGGGCCAGGUGGGCCGUCGUCAACUUGCUGCUGCUGCUGGAAUUGACGAUUGAGAAGGAGCUGAUUUGAAUGAAUUUGUUGCUGGUGUGCUUGUAUGAUAGCCAGCUGAUUAACUAACUGGUCUGGCUCCGUUUGAACCUCGUUGUAGAAUAUUUCGGGGUGUGCGUUUGCAAAGCUAGGCGGAGAGUGAAGCUGGUUGUUAUAUUCUGAAAGUGGGCUGAAUAGGCUGUCCAUCGGGUUCAGCUUGUAGACGUCCAUCGCUGUUUUCUCUAAGUGUAAUUCUAAGGGAACAGUUAUACUUGAUGAUCACGAGGCGAGGCGGUGAUUUACAAAUUUCAAGUUACGCAGCUCCAAGACAACUUAAUAAGUUGUGUAGUAGUAAGCGUAAAGGAAGUUAAAGUGUCUUAUAAGG